AUGUCCUUCAGAGCUGCCUGGAGCUUGACCCUGAGGAAAGGGGGCCUUGGAAUGCGAGGGAUCCACAGCCCAGGAAGCACCGCCCACGGCAAGGAGAAGAUGCCCCCCUACACUAACUACCAUGCCCAGCGCUCCUACCCCAUGCCAGAGGAGCCCUUCUGCAUGGAACUCAACGCUGAGCAGCAGGCCCUCAAGGAGAAGGAGAAGGGCAGCUGGACCCAGCUGAGCCACGCCGAGAAGGUGGCCUUGUACCGGCUCCAGUUCCAUGAGACUUUUGCAGAGAUGAACCGUCGCUCCAAUGAGUGGAAGACAGUGAUGGGCUGUGUCUUCUUCUUCUUUGGAUUCACAGGUCUGCUGAUUUGGUGGCAGCGGGUCUACGUGUUCCCUAAGAAGCCCAUCACCCUGACGGAUGAGUGGAAGGCCCAGCAGCUCCAGCGCAUCCUGGACAUGAAGGGCAACCCCGUGCAAGGCCUGGCCUCCCGGUGGGACUAUGAGAGGAAGGAGUGGAAGAAGUGA